UCUUCCCCGGCUCCGUGCUUUUCUUCCCUCUAUAAAGUAUAAACACGAUACUCUCAAGCUUCUCUCUCCUAUGUAGGAUUUCUCACUCCCCGAUCGGAUCAGCAAAUAGAACUGUUUUCCGAAAACCCUAACUUUUUUUACUGAAAAUUCCUCUGUUUCUCGUUCAUCUCAACCUUUCCUCGUGUCUUUCAAUCACUCGCACAAGGAUCGUAUAUUUUUUCCCCGCUGGGAAAGACCUACUUUAUUUUGACAUCUCGUUACCUCUUUGAUCGGAGUUACAAUUAUUGUUGGUUCACCGUGAGGAAUUGACCACCCUUUCAUCGCGUCUCCUAUUUCGGCAAUGAUCUCCGCCGGUUAAUUCAAGAUGAAGCUGAAGAGGAGGAGGGUUUUGGAAGUGCCUCCAAAAAUUAGAUCCUUCAUCAACAGUGUUACUGCUGUUCCGCUUGAGAAUAUAGAAGAAGCUUUAAAGGGUUUUGUUUGGGAGUUUGAUAAGGGAGAUUUUCAUCACUGGGUUGAUCUCUUUAAUCAUUUUGAUUCAUUCUUUGAGAAGCACAUAAAAUCAAGGAAGGAUUUGCAAUUGGAUGAUAACUUUUUAGCUUCUGAUCCACCUUUCCCAAGAGAGGCUGUUCUUCAGGUUCUUCGUGUCAUAAGGAUCAUCUUGGAGAAUUGCACAAACAAGCACUUCUAUAGUUCUUAUGAGCAGCACCUUUCAACCCUUCUUGCUUCCACUGAUGCAGACGUGGUUGAGGCCAGCUUACAGACUCUGGCUGCAUUCUUGAAGAAAACAAUUGGGAAAUGCUUGAUACGAGAUGCUUCUUUGAGCUCAAAGUUAUUUGCUUUUUCACAGGGUUGGGGGGGCAAGGAGGAAGGCCUUGGGUUAAUUGCAUGUUCUGUACAGGAUGGGUGUGACUCUGUUGCUUUUCAGUUGGGUUCCACCCUUCAUUUUGAGUUUUAUGCAGUCAAUAAUUCACUAAACGAGCCAACAAGUGCAGACCCACAGGGUUUGCAAGUCAUUCAUUUGUCAAAUAUUAAUGGAUAUGCAAAGAAUGAUCUUGAGCUUCUUAAUGAAUUGGUGACAGAGUACAAAGUACCAUCUAGUUUAAGAUUUUCCCUUUUGACGCGAUUGCGAUUUGCAAGGGCUUUGAGCUCCUUGACUUCUCGCCAGCAGUAUACAUGUAUUCGCCUAUAUGCCUUUGUUGUUCUUGUUCAGGCCAGCAAUGAUGCUGAUGAUUUGACUGCUUUUUUUAACAAUGAGCCAGAGUUUGUCAAUGAACUAGUUUCGUUGUUAAGUUAUGAAGAUGCUGUACCAGAAAAGAUACGUAUUCUGGGUAUUCUAUCAUUGGUUGCUCUAUGUCAGGAUCGAUCCCGUCAGCCAACUGUCCUGACUGCUGUGACAUCUGGUGGAAACCGUGGAAUCCUACCCAGUCUGAUGCAGAAGGCAAUUGAUUCUAUUUCCAAUGAUUCAUCAAAGUGGUCUGUUGUUUUUGCGGAGGCUCUCUUGUCUCUUGUUACUGUUUUAGUCUCAUCCUCUUCUGGUUGCUCAGCUCUAAGGGAAGCGGGUUUUAUACCCACCCUUCUUCCUCUUCUUAAAGAUACAGAUCCCCAACAUCUACACUUGGUCAGCACUGCGGUUCAUGUUUUGGAAGCUUUUAUGGACUACAGUAAUCCAGCUGCUGCACUAUUCAGAGAUUUGGGAGGUUUAGAUGAUACUAUUGCACGCUUGAAGGUAGAAGUUUCCUAUGUAGAGAAGGGUUCAAAAAAGCAUGAUGAAGAUUCUCAAUGUGGUAAGAAAGGAAAACAAGUGGUCCUUGAUACUUCUAGUGAUUUAGAUAACAUGCAGCCUCUUUAUUCUGAAGCAUUGGUUGCUUAUCACCGUCGAUUGCUUAUGAAAGCUUUAUUACGUGCUAUCUCACUUGGAACAUAUGCCCCUGGAACCACUGCUCGUGUUUAUGGCUCGGAGGAGAGUUUGUUGCCACAUUGCUUGUGUAUUAUUUUCAGAAGAGCAAAAGAUUUUGGUGGUGGAGUGUUUUCACUUGCAGCAACUGUUAUGAGUGAUCUCAUUCACAAAGAUCCCACUUGUUUUCCUGUUUUAGAUGAAGCUGAGCUGCCUUCUGCCUUCCUUGAUGCUAUAAUGGGUGGUGUUCUUUGCUCUGCUGAAGCAGUGACUUGUAUACCACAGUGUUUAGAUGCCUUGUGCCUGAACAACAAUGGCCUCCAGGCUGUUAAGGAUCGUAAUGCUUUGAGGUGCUUUGUGAAAAUAUUUACUUCCCGAACAUAUCUACGUGCCCUUACUGGUGAUACUCCAGGGUCUUUGUCUACUGGAUUGGAUGAACUAAUGCGCCAUGCUUCCUCAUUGCGUGGACCUGGAGUGGAGAUGUUGAUUGAGAUAUUGAAUGUAAUUUCCAAGAUUGGAUCUGGGGUGGAAACAUCUUGCUCAUCCAAUGAUUCAUUGUUCUCUUCUGCUGCUGUUCCCAUGGAGACUGAUACGGAAGAAAGGAUAGUACCAUCAGAUGAUGGUGAACCAUCCAAGAUGGAAAGUUCUGAACAGAUGGCAGAACUGUCUUCUGAGGGUUCACUUGUCAAUAUCGAAUUAUUUCUUCCUGAAUGUGUUAGCAAUGUUGCCCGUCUUCUAGAAACAAUACUUCAGAAUGCUGACACAUGUCGUAUAUUUAUUGAGAAGAAAGGAGUUGAGGCUGUCUUACAGUUGUUCACUCUUCCCUUAAUGCCUCUUUCUGUAUCAGUUGGUCAGAAUAUAUCUAUUGCUUUUAAAAACUUCUCACCUCAGAAUUCUGCUGCUCUGGCUCGGGCAGCAUGUUCAUUCUUGAGAGAACAUCUGAAACUAACAAAUGAAUUAUUAACAACAGUUGGAGGGAGUCAGCUCACUGAGCUGGAAGCUGCAACACAAACAAAGGUCUUGAGAUGUCUUUCUAGUCUUGAAGGAAUUCUCUUGCUUUCCAAUUUUUUAUUGAAGUCGACCACUACCAUGGUAUCUGAAUUAGGCUCUGCCGAUGCUGAUGUAUUAAAGGAUCUUGGGAGAGUGUACAAGGAAAUAGUUUGGCAUAUAUCUUUGUGUAGUGAUGUCAAGGUGGAUGAGAAGCGGGAUGGUGAUCAGGAAAUUGGAACCACAGAUGCAGCAAUAUCUAAUGCUGCAGGUAGGGAGAGUGAUGAUGAUGCAAACCUUGUUCCAGCAGUAAGAUACAUGAAUCCCGUCUCAGUAAGGAAUGCUUCUCAAUCCCACUGGAGUGGAGAGCAGGAGUUCCUGUCAGUGGUCCGCUCUAGUGAGGGUUUACAUCGUCAUAGUCGACAUGGAUCGACACGGUUGCGGGGUGGACGGACGGGUCGGCAGCUGGAGGCUUCACAAACUGAUUCAGAAGGUUCUGCAAGUUUACAGAAUACUUCUGCUACCCAAGAUGUUAAAAAGAAAAGUCCUGAUGUUCUUGUUUUGGAAAAUCUGAAUAAGCUUGCUUUUGCUGUGCGUUCUUUCUGUGCAACUCUUGUAAAGGGAUUUACAUCUCCAAGUCGUCGUAGAGCUGAAUCGGGGUUAAUGAAUUCAGCUUCUAAGAACCUUGCAACUGCCCUGUCCAAAGUCUUUCAUGAGGCUCUCAGUUUCCCAGGGCAUUCUACAUCUGCUGGGCUUGAAAUGUCAUUGUCUGUGAAAUGUCGGUAUUUAGGAAAGGUUGUGGAUGACAUGGUAGCACUUACUUUUGAUAGCAGACGUCGUGCAUGCAAUACGGCAUUGGUAAACAAUUUCUAUGUCCAUGGUACUUUCAGAGAACUUCUAACCACGUUUGAGGCUACAAGUCAGUUGCUUUGGACACUCCCAUACUCCGCUCCUGCAUCUGGUGUUGAUCCAGAAAAUGCCCUUGAGGGGGGCAAGUUAUCUCACAGCUUGUGGUUACUUGAUACAUUGCAGAGCUAUUGUCGCAUGCUUGAAUAUUUUGUUAAUUCUGCAUUGCUCUUGUCUCCCAACUCUGCAUCCCAAGCACAGCUUCUUGUUCAACCUGUUGCAGCUGGGUUAUCUAUUGGGCUGUUCCCUGUUCCAAGGGAGCCGGAAGUUUUUGUUCGUAUGCUGCAAUCUCAGGUUCUGGAUGUGAUACUUCCUGUAUGGAACCAUCCCAUGUUUCCUAAUUGCAGCCCAGCUUUCAUCAUUUCUAUGGUUUCACUUGUCACUCAUAUAUAUUCUGGUGUUGGAGAUGUGAAGAGGGGUCGCAAUGGUAUUGCAGUAAGCACAACCCAACGGUUCAUCGGCCCUCCUCCUGAUGAAGCUACCAUUGCUACAAUAGUUGAGAUGGGUUUUACCAGAGCAAGAGCAGAGGAAGCACUGAGACGGGUGGAAACAAAUAGUGUUGAGAUGGCCAUGGAGUGGUUGUUCAGUCAUGUUGAAGAUCCUGUCCAGGAAGAUGAUGAGCUAGCUCGAGCACUUGCAUUGUCAUUGGGCAAUUCAUCGGAAACCUCUAAAGAAGACAGCACUGAUAAAUCUAGAGAUCUGUUGACAGAAGAAAUGGUGACAGAGACACCUCCUGUUGAUGAUAUCCUUGCUGCAUCUAUGAAGCUGUUUCAAAGCAGUGAUUCAAUGGCCUUCCCUUUGACAGAUUUGCUUGUUGCUCUUUGCAAUAGGAAUAAAGGAGAAGAUCGUCCAAAGGUGGCUUCUUAUCUUAUUCAACAACUAAAGCUUUAUGCAUCAGAUUAUUUGAAGGAUACUAGUGCAUUGUGUACCAUAUCACAUAUUUUGGCAUUGCUUCUUUGUGAAGAUAGCAGUACAAGGGAAAUUGCUGCGGAGAAUGGUAUUGUAUCUGCUGCCUUGGAUAUCUUGACAAAUUUCACCAUGAGAAAUGAGUUGGAAGGGGUUUUUAUCCCAAAAUGUGUAAGUGCCCUACUGCUUAUCCUAGAUAACAUGUUGCUGUCUAAACCCAGAGUUCCCCCUGAAGGUACUGAUGGAAUUCUUGCGGGAUCUUCAAUGGAUUCUUCUGGAGAGCAUGCUUCCUUCUCAAUUCCAGCAUCAGCUACAGAGAAGAAAUCUGCUAGAGAUGCCCAAGAGAUAGCAUCUGGAAAUGCAUUUGAGAAGAUUUUAGGCAAAUCGACUGGUUACCUGAGUCUUGAGGAGUGCCAUAGAGCACUGGCAGUUGCUUGCAAGUUUAUAAAACAGCAGGUUCCAGCUGUGGUCAUGCAAGCUGUUCUACAGUUGUGUGCCCGCUUGACCAAGGCUCAUCCUAUAGCUAUGCAGUUCCUUGAAAGUGGAGGCUUGACUGCACUUUUUAGUCUUCCACGAAGUUGUUUCUUCCCCGGAUAUGACAGUGUGGCAUCUGCUAUUAUUAGGCAUCUUCUUGAAGAUCCACAAACCCUACAAACAGCUAUGGAGUUGGAGAUACGUCAAACCCUAAGUGGCAUCCUCAGCAGGCAUGCUGGCCGGCUUUCACCUAGGACAUUUUUGACAUCCAUGGCACCCGUUAUAACUAGAGAUCCUGUAAUCUUCAUGAGAGCUGCAGCUGCAGUUUGUCAAUUGGAUUCUUCAGGUGGAAGGACUAAUGUUGUGUUAUUAAAGGAAAAAGACAAGGAAAAGGAAAAGUCAAAAGCAUCUGGUGCUGAAAGUGGAAUAUCCUCUAAUGAGUGUGUCCGAAUGUCUGAAAAUAAGCUACAUGAUGGAUCAGGGAAAUAUUCCAAGGGCCACAAAAGGAUACCUGCAAACCUUACUCAAGUAAUUGACCAGCUUCUUGAAAUCAUAAUGAGCUACCCAUCCCCCAAAAAACAGGAAGAGUUUACUAGCACUUCUGUGCCUAUGGAGGUGGACGAGCCUGUUAUGAAGGAAAAGGGUAAGUCAAAGGUUGAUGAGAUGAAGAAAGUGGACUCUGACUGCCUCUCUGAAAGAUCUGCUGUGCUAGCCAAGGUGACCUUUGUACUCAAAUUGAUGAGUGAUAUUCUUCUCAUGUAUGUUCAUGCAGUUGGAGUUAUUUUGAAACGAGAUCUGGAAACUAGUCAACCACGGGUGUCCAGUCAACUAGAUGGAUGUGGACAUGGUGGGAUACUAAACCAUAUUUUGCACCGCCUUCUUCCACUAUCUUCAGAUAAAACUACUGAAGCAACUGAUGAAUGGAGAGAUAAAUUAUCUGAAAAGGCUUCAUGGUUUCUUAUAGUGCUUUGUGGUCGUUCUGCUGAAGGCCGAAGACGAGUGAUUGCAGAAAUUGUGAGAGCCUUGUCUUCUUUCUCAAACUUGGAGAGUGGUUGUUCUAAGAAUAUUUUAUUGCCAAAUAAAGAGGUUGUAGCUUUUGCUGAUUUGGUCAAUUCCAUUUUGUCAAAAAAUUCAUCUUCCAGUAACUUACCUGGUCCUGGUUGCUCACCAGACAUAGCAAAGACCAUGAUAGAUGUGGGGAUGGUUCAGUCUCUCACUAGCAUUCUUCAGGUGAUUGAUUUGGAUCAUCCUGAUUCUCCAAAAGUUGUGAAUCUUAUACUAAAGGCAUUGGAGAGCUUAACUAGGGUGGCUAAUGCUAGUGAGCAAGUAUUCAAGUCGGAUGGGACAAACAAGAAAAAAUCUACAGGUGCAAAUGGUCGAAUUGAAGAUCAGACAACCACAUUUUUGUCUAGUGAAGCUGUGGAGCAUGGUAGGAAUGGGGACAUUGAACAAGAAACUAGAGAUGUGGCGGGAACUGAACAGCAGCAGCCCCAGGCUACGUCUAAUGAAGGGCAUAAUGACACAAAUCCUAAUCAAUCUAUGGAGCAAGAUAUGAGGACAGAAGCUGGGGAGACUAUGACAAAUAACCCAUCCAUGGAACACAGAGUUGAGUUCACUCAUGAAGAAAUGGAAGAAGGAAGAGUUUUACGGAACACAGAUGGAGUGCAGAUGACUUUUCAGGUUGAGCAUAGGAAUGAUGAUGAUAUGGGUGAUGAAGAUGAUGAGGACAUGGGGGAUGAUGGUGAGGAUGAUGAUGAAGAUGAUGAUGAAGACGAGGAGGAAGAUGAGGACAUAGCAGAAGAGGGUGCUGCUUUGAUGUCACUAGCUGAUACUGAUGUGGAGGACCAUGAUGAUAAUGGUCUGGGAGAUGAAUACAAUGAUGAUAUGAUUGAUGAAGAUGAUGACGAUUUUCAUGAGAACCGUGUUAUAGAAGUGAGGUGGAGGGAAGGUUUGGAUGGUUUGGAUCACUUGCAGGUUCUUGGGAGACCUGGAACUGCUAGUGGUCUUAUACAUGUUGCUGCAGAGCCUUUUCAGGGAGUAAAUGUGGAUGAUAUAUUUGGACUUCGCAGGCCUUUUGGUGUUGAGCGCCGCCGUCAAACUGGCAAUAGGUCUUUCCUUGAGCGACCUGGUUUAGAUGGAAGUGGUUUUCAACACCCACUUCUCCUGAGGCCAUCUCAGUCAGGGGAUCCAGUUUCUUUAUGGUCUUCUGCAGGGAACUCAUCCAGAGAUUUAGAAGCUUUAUCGGCUGGAAGUUUUGAUGUUGCUCACUUUUAUAUGUUUGAUACUCCUGUUCUUCCAUCUGAACAUGCACCAACUACUCUGUUUGGUGACCGCUUUGUUGGUGCUGCGCCCCCUCCUUUAAUUGAUUUUUCACUAGGAAUGGACCCUCUGCAUUUAGUAGGACGAAGAGGGCCUGGUGAUGGUCGGUGGACAGAUGAUGGCCAGCCCCAGCCAGGUGGUCAAGCUGCUGCAAUUGCACAGGCAGUAGAAGAAUUGUUCAUCUCUCAAUUUCGUAACGUUGCUCAUGCAAGCAGUCCUCCAGCUCAGAGGUCAUCAGAUAACUCAGGGCUGCAGGAGAAGCAGCAAUCAGAUGUUCCACCAUCAAAUUGUGAUAGUCCACCAAUGAUAGCCAGUGACAUUGUUGGCAGUCAACAAAAUGAAGCUCAUCAUCAAGAAAUUGUGACUGAACCAGAACAUACGGAGGAUAAUCCAACAAAUGAAAGUAAUUCUCAUCCUUUUGUAUCACAUGGACAACCCAGGGGAGCACCAGUUGGUAUAGAAGCAGGGGAAGGUGUUAGGGAGCAGGAAUCCAUGUCACAAAAUCCUGAUAGAUCAAAUGAUAUAACAAAUAAUAAUGAAAGCAUGGAAAUUGGGGAUAGCAAUGGUUCUUCCUAUGAGCAAUUAGAAGCAAACCAUGAGCUUGUUGUCACACCUGCUGAGUUACAUAAUGAUCCUCAGUGUCAAGGUGGAGUCACAGUGCUAGAAAAUUCCCAUGAUGCAGAACUCCAAAGUGCAUAUUGUGAUGGGCCUUCAAGAUCAAAUAGCCACUCCAGUAAUCAUGCACUGGUUGAUUCUGCUUCAGACAUGCCUGAUGCAGGACAAGGUCAUACUUCCAUUUGUACAAGUGCUGAUAUUGAGAUGAAUGGUACAUACUGUGAGGGCAGUCAAACCGAGCAUGGGCACCCUAUGCCUGUUCCUGAUGAUGGUGCAGGUAGUCCAUCAGCUGUUCAAAACACUAUAGCUGUGCAAGAUGCUAGCCAAGUCAAUCAAACCAGCACCAAUAAUGAGUCUAAUAGUGCAAACACUAUUGAUCCCACAUUCUUGGAGGCACUACCUGAAGAUCUGCGGGCAGAAGUUCUAGCUUCCCAACAAGCCCAGUCAGUGCAAGCUCCAACUUAUGUACCACCUUCUGCAGAUGAUAUUGACCCUGAGUUUUUAGCUGCACUUCCUCCAGAUAUCCAAGCAGAAGUUUUAGCACAACAGCGUGUACAAAGGGCUGUACAGUCUCAGCAAGCCGAAGGACAACCAGUUGACAUGGAUAAUGCUUCAAUUAUAGCUACAUUCCCUGCAGACUUGCGUGAGGAGGUACUUUUGACUUCAUCAGAAGCAGUUUUGUCAGCAUUACCUUCCCCAUUACUUGCUGAAGCUCAAAUGCUUAGGGAUAGAGCAAUGAGCCAUUAUCAGGCUCGCAGCCUUUUUGGAAGUAGCCACAGACUUAGUGGUAGGAGGAACAGCUUGGGGUUUGAUAGACAGACAGUAAUGGACAGGGGAGUUGGAGUUACAAUAGGUCGAAGGGCAGUUUCUGCCAUUGCAGACAGCUUGAAGGUUAAGGAAGUUGAAGGUGCACCUCUUUUGGAUGCCAAUGCUUUAAAAGCAUUGAUUCGUCUUCUAAGGCUAGCACAGCCCCUUGGGAAAGGCCUCCUUCAAAGACUCUUGUUGAACCUAUGUGCACAUAGUGUUACACGAGCGGUUUUACUUCGGCUCCUGCUUGAUAUGAUUAGGCCUGAGGCUGAAGGUUCUGUUAGUGGAUCUGCCACCUUUAUGUCUCAGAGACUCUAUGGUUGUCAAUGGAAUGUUGUCUAUGGCCGGUCACAAAUAUUGGAUGGACUUCCACCUCUGGUGUCACGUCGAAUUCUUGAGAUUUUGACAUAUUUGGCCACUAAUCAUUCUGCUGUUGCAAAUAUCCUGUUUUACUUUGAUCCGUCACUGAUCCCUGAGUCUCCAACAACAACAUAUUCAGAAAUUAAGAAGGACAAAGGAAAGGAGAAAGUUAUGGAAGAGCCAGCUUUGUUAAAUCCAUUGGGAGCCUCUCAAAAUGAUAUACCUGUAAUAUUAUUCCUGAAACUCUUGAAUCAACCACUAUUUUUACGCAGUAGUGCUCAUCUUGAACAGGUAAUGGGUCUCCUUCAUGUAGUUGUAUAUACUGCAGCAUCAAAGGUGGAGUGUCAACCACAGUCUGGGCAAGUUAUGGCCAAUUCUCAAAGUUCACCUCCCAGUGAAGCUCCAGUUAAUGUUCAGAUAGAUCCUUCCGUGUCUGAAUCUGAUCCCAAUAAAAAAUUGGGUAAAAGUAGGAGUUCUGAGAUAACCACUUCUGAUGAGAAAGGGAGGAUUAGUCCAUAUGAUGUCUUUUUGCAGCUUCCAGAAUCUGACUUGCGUAAUCUCUGCAGCCUUCUUGCUCAUGAGGGGCUGUCAGACAAGGUCUAUUUGCUUGCAGCUGAGGUUCUGAAGAAGUUGGCGUUUGUUGCUGCUCCUCAUCGGAAAUUUUUUACUUCAGAAUUAGCUGGUCUAGCACAUGGCUUGAGUAGUUCAGCAGUGGGUGAACUUGUUACACUGAGGAACACACAUAUGCUGGGUUUGAGUGCUGGGUCCAUGGCUGGGGCUGCAAUCUUACGUGUAUUGCAGGCACUUAGUACACUCACCCAACCUAUAGAUGAUGCUCAUAAAAGUCAAGAGAAUGAUGAGGAACAGGAGGAACAUACCAUCAUGUGGAAGCUAAAUGUUGCAUUAGAGCCAUUGUGGCAAGAACUGAGUGACUGUAUAAGCACAACUGAGACAAAGCUGGGGCAAAGUUCCCACUUCUCUUCUCCCAUGCCAAAUCUAAAUGCUGGGGACCAUGUAGCAGGUGCCUCUUCUCUUUCUCCACCACUUCCUCCUGGAACCCAAAGGCUAUUGCCAUUUAUUGAGGCUUUCUUUGUUUUAUGUGAGAAAUUACAAGCAAACAAUUCGAUAAUGCAACAAGACCAUGUUAAUGUUACUGCAAGAGAAGUCAAAGAGUCUGCAGGGACUUCAGUGACAAUGUCUGCGAAAGGUAGUGGAUGUGCCCAGAAGCGGCCUGAUGGAGGCCUCACAUUUGCAAAGUUUUCUGAGAAGCAUCGUCGCCUUUUGAAUGCAUUCAUCAGACAAAAUCCAGGAUUACUGGAGAAAUCUCUUUCCAUAAUGCUGAAGGCACCAAGGCUUAUUGACUUUGACAAUAAAAGAGCAUAUUUCCGCUCAAGGAUCAGGCAACAGCAUGAACAACACCCUUCUGCUCCGCUGCGCAUAAGUGUUCGUCGGGCAUAUGUCUUGGAGGAUUCCUAUAAUCAGUUGCGAAUGCGUCCCAGCCAGGAUCUGAAAGGGCGUUUAACUGUGCAGUUUCAAGGUGAAGAGGGGAUUGAUGCUGGUGGUCUGACAAGAGAAUGGUACCAGUUACUUUCUAGGGUCAUCUUUGACAAAGGAGCUCUGCUUUUCACUACUGUUGGAAGCAAUGCGACAUUUCAGCCUAAUCCAAAUUCGGUUUACCAAACUGAGCAUCUAUCCUAUUUCAAGUUUGUGGGCCGUGUGGUUGCUAAAGCACUGUUUGAUGGUCAACUUUUGGAUGUCUACUUCACUCGCUCCUUCUACAAGCACAUUCUUGGUGUGAAGGUGACUUACCAUGAUAUAGAGGCUGUUGAUCCUGAUUACUACAAGAAUUUGAAAUGGAUGUUGGAGAAUGAUGUGAGUGACAUACCUGAUCUGACAUUUAGCAUGGAUGCGGAUGAAGAGAAGCACAUACUUUAUGAAAAGACUGAGGUUACUGAUUAUGAGCUUAUACCUGGAGGAAGAAAUAUUAGAGUCACAGAAGAAACAAAGCAUGAGUAUGUAGACCUUGUUGCUGAACACAUCUUGACAAAUGCCAUCCGUCCUCAAAUUAACUCAUUUCUGGAAGGUUUCAAUGAAUUAAUUCCACGGGAGCUUAUUUCGAUAUUUAAUGAUAAAGAACUUGAGCUACUAAUAAGUGGUCUUCCAGAAAUUGAUUUGGAUGAUCUGAAAGCCAACACUGAAUAUACUGGUUACACAGCUGCAUCUAGUGUUGUUCAAUGGUUCUGGGAGAUCGCCAAAGCCUUCAACAAGGAGGACAUGGCAAGGUUGCUGCAGUUUGUCACUGGAACAUCAAAGGUUCCUUUGGAAGGUUUUAAAGCACUUCAAGGUAUAUCUGGCCCUCAACGGUUUCAGAUCCACAAGGCUUAUGGUGCUCCAGAGAGGUUGCCAUCAGCUCAUACCUGCUUCAACCAGCUAGACCUUCCUGAGUAUUCCACCAAGGAACAACUUCAAGAGCGCUUGUUACUUGCUAUUCAUGAAGCCAGUGAGGGUUUUGGAUUUGGUUGAUACAAGCUUCUAAAUUGACAUUACCACCAACACCAGCUACAGCCUCGAGUUGCCAUGUACAGAUAUUGAGCAACUGGUCGAGGCCAAUGGAAUUGAUUGUAGUAAUACUGGAAUUCAAAGACGAUACUGUGAGAUGGAGUAAAAAAAGAGUCUUUGGUCUGGAAGCUUCUUUAUGCCAUAAAUAUUAAAAUGGGCAGCUUCUACGCUUUCUAAAGACGGGUCAAUUGCAGCGUCAACGUCAACAACCCUGUUUUUUAGCUUUUUUUUCCCAUUUCCAUAGAUUGGGGAAGCACAUAUUAGUGAGACCCCUGUCAAUAUUUGUUUAUACGCAACUAGUUCUUUUUUCCUUUUAUUCAUUUAGCAAAUUGGCAUCCUGAUCUGUCCCUGGGUUCUUGUCAGUUACCAUUGGUUUUUGAGGUUGGUUACUAAGACUGAAUGUUGGCGGCUGGUAAAAUCAAUAAUUGGCGGAUUUAUAUGGUUCUCUGUUUUUUUUUUUCUCUUUUUGGGAAAUCAUAAUAUAUAUAUUUUUUAAAGAGUCC